AUGGGCAGCUUCAGCAAGAUAUCUUGUGUGCCAUCAGUCGGGAUCAUGGGCAUUCGGUCUGUGUCAUGGCGGACAUCAACGACCGUCUGCCCAAUAGCUGUUCUGGAUUCCAUGGUCCCACAGGACAAGGCCAAGGUGCCUGCGGGCGAAGUGUUGCAGGCAUACAGAACAAUGCUUAGCUACUUGGUAGACAACCGGCGGUGGCUCUUUCCGUCUGACCCCAAGAGCUUUUGUGUUGUCCAUGGUAGACAGUGCAGUCUGUGUCCAGCAGCAGCGGCGACUUCGAGUUCAGCUAAGCGACAAAGGACAACUGCAGAGAUUCGGCAGAUGAGCAGGAGCGACGACAGUGCGGACUGUCCUGCACCACUGCGCAUCAACACUGCUGGAACGACUUGCGUCGGAUGGAGCUCAGCUGGGAAGUCCUUGCAGUUUAGAGAUCCAUCGGAACGGCCACAUGCGAUUUGGUCAGUGGAGCGGCUCAGACGAGGCGAACUUCAGGUCGAAGACGUGUUCGUGUCUGAGUGCACGCCGCGGUACCCAGUGAAGGAGAAGCUGGUCGACUUGCUGGCAGAGACCCAUGACGUGUUCCACAUUGUGGUGUCGCCUAUUGAUCUGGGAUGGCCAGUCCGACGAAGGCGAGUCUUCUGCUGUGGCUUGAGCAGGGCUACCAUGGCAUGGCUAGGUCCAGAGCAGGAUGACAUCCUUCAGCACUUCCUGGGCUUUUUUGCUCGGACUCUGCAAACUGACGGAGAUGUGUUUCUCGUUGCUUCAGAUGACCGGGUGUUUGAUGAGCAUUGCUUGUUGGCAGGCCACAGGGGCUUGUCGUUGUCUUCGUCUGCACGAGAGGGCAACGUGUUGGUUUCCCCUGAGCAUGUGUAUGCACCGGGACAGGUUGUCCGCCUUCAACAGUACAGCCGCAUGCGUGAUGAAGUUGCACCGUCUGGAGCGUUCUUCGCGGACUUAAACCAGAACUGUGGUGCUGGAGCAAGCACACCAGGGCCUGUCAUACCCUCCAUGCUUACGAGCUGCACACUGCACAGCUUCUCGAAGCGAAGAGUAGCCCUCACUGAAGAAUUGCUGCACGCCCAUGGCUUCAAUAUGUAUGCGGAGGAGAUGACGCCGGGUACAGGUCCGACAUGGCCUCCAUGUCGCAUCAGGGAGCACCUCCUGCAGCUGAACCGUGCUCAGCGGCAAAAACUACUCGGAAACGGGUGGCAUCUCCCUGUGUUUGCUUCGUGGUUUUACUACAUACUUGCCCAUACAGUAAAGCUGGACCGCCAGGUCACAGUACAUCCGGAAAGGAGCUUGUGGAGGAAGGGUAGCAGUUCUGUUCUCAGCUGGGGAAGAGCUUCAUCCAGCUUGUCGCUUGGCAGCUGUGAGGAUGAAUGUACAGAGUUGAAAGAGGGUCAGCUUGGUGGCUAG